AGUAUUUGGCAUAACGUUUGGCGGACUAACUAUUGACAAAACGGGUAAACUUACAGCGAAAAUGUGGUGCAAAAUCUAUGGAUCUAUUAUAACAUUUUUAUCAUUUUUCGGUGAUUGUCUAUUCUUAACCGCCCUGAUCAUUUUAACACUGGGUCUAAUGAACUCGGUGGGCACAGCGUACUAUCGAUUACGGUAUACUGCACUCGCCCUCGUUGUGAUGCAGGGCAUAAUGUUUGCGUACAAAAUGGUUGCCAUGUUAUACAUCAAUGGCAACAAAGGUAAGAUUAAAGCAAAUUCUGACGAUGGAAAGCAAUACCCGGGGUCGUUUAUUGUCGAAAUGAUUAUCUCGUGUCUAAUGUGUGGCCGAAUCGGUGUAAAUGUGGGUAAAAUAAGCGCCGCUUUGAACACAAUAUGCGGCAGUCAUUGGUCGGACUCGGAGUACAAGGAAUUGGUUUUAUUCGGCAAUGCGUUAAGAAAUACGCCGACCGUUGGCUUCACUAUCGGAGGGUUCGCUGCGAUCAACAAAUCAACACUUAUUUCCGCUAUUAAUAAAAAUCUGUUCCGGCGUCGCGAUCAAUGGAUAGACCGU